ACCUCCGUGGUUCGCAACUCUUCCCGUCACUAUUAUGAAAAUUGCGGAAAAUUUUGUGUUAUCCCGAAACCCAAUUUAUCUUGUGUAGUUUAUUUUCGUUCAUCAAGUGACUUACUUGGACUGCUCCUGUUAAGAGUCGCCACAGCGGAUUACCAUCUUCACCUCCCUGUCUUAUGUGUCUCUUCUUGGUUCACAAGAGGCUCAUUCGACCAGUGGAAAUAUUAUCCACUGAAAUAAGAGCAACACUACUAAGAAACUAAUAAUAAAAGUCUUAUUGACCUCAAUCGUGUGGCUUCCUUUUUCGUUUAGGUGUGUGAAACUACAGUGUGUAAUCAGCAUAAUUAAAGUGACCUGUGAACACCAGGAAAACUAAAAACCAUAAGUAAAUGAUUCCGUGGGUCUCUACCGAGGCUCAAGAAUCUACUUGCACGGGUGAAAGAUUACCAGCAGAUCAGAGGGCUUGGGAAUGAGGAAAAUGCUAAACACAGGAAGUGUAACUAUUGACCAUGACCGUACCGUUGUAAAGAAGUGUGACCCUUGGUGUGACUCAGGCGUCAAGACCAUCCGUUAUUUCUGAAGCUCGUAUAACAGCUCGACGUGCUCCCGUCAGCGCAGGCAGCGGGCGAGGGGCCGCGGCGGGGAGGCCAGUGCAUGCGGGUGAGUCAUGAAGGGGCGCCCCGUGUGCAGCCCUGAGCCUGGCCAUGACCACCAGCACCCACCAAGGCCCUGACCAGGCCCCAGCGCUCAUCCGCAUCAGCCCUAAAAGAAUACAAACACAGGUGACCCAGGCGGUGCGGUACCGACCCGUCAGGUCACUAUUGCUGCUCGGGCUGUUGGUGCUGGUGUCCCUCUUCGUCCUCUUCACAUUAUCACAGAUGGCGGUGGUGCAGCACACGAUGAUGGCCCACCUGGGUACGGGCGUGGCUCCUGGCCUGGUGGCGGGAGGUGGAGGGGCGGCAUCAGGCGGGGGACGAGCAUCCAAAGGAUCAAAGAGGCCUUGGCGUCGUCAGUUUAAUCAGUUCAAGAUUGAACCUUUACUGGUACGCAACGCCCCGUCCGUGGAGGUGAACUCAGCCAUGGCAGCAAAUCGGCGCAUGGCUAACCAAAUAGCAGCAAUCAUCGUCCGCAACUCCCUUUUGGUCAGCCACUCUAGCCGUUCCACCCAAUCAUCUAAGACACUCCACGCUGAUCAAGGCAAAUCGCAGAAUACAACCUCAUCUCAUCCUCUCCCAUCACAUGACAAACCUGAACUCAGCACGAACGCGUCUCACUUCAGGAAUGACUCGCCAGAUUCUUCAAGCCUCCAGGGACCAGAAACCCCUCGCCCAGGCCAGAAGUCCUCCUUGACGGAAAUUAAUCGAGGGGCGGCGUCAUUAGGGGCGGUGGGAGGGAGUGGCGAGCAGGAAGGUGUGAGGAGUGUCGCGGAAGCCAUAAGGACGACAGAUAAGCUAAAAAGCAGUUUGGUGAUAGAUGAAGAAAAUGUAAGACAUUCCACAAUGUUAGAAAGACCACAUGAGACCACAAAAUUUGAUAAGGUUUCCACGUUUACGCUUAAGGACACGACAAAACCAAAACUGUGGUGUGACCCUGGUGCAAGUAAUUGUAGUGGACAGAACAGUGUUCCAGUACAAAUGAACAACACAACAAAGGUUGAGGACAAAGAGCAUGACCAAGACUCUAACAGCAAAGUUACAAAUUCCCAUGGAAAUUAUGAGAAAGAAAAGAACGAGGAAUUAAACUUAAACAAAACUCAUUUCCAUGACGAAAGUUUAAAUUCUACCGACACAGAAAGAAAACUCAAAUACUUGAAUGUACCAGACAUUAGUUUAUAUGAAGCCAUCGACGAUGAUGACACUGACCUGGCCUUCAGAAAGAAUGAUUCUACUAGAAAAAGGAGUCCUUUGUCACACCUUUCUGAGGAGCAACUAAGGAAUCUUCCUCUGUGUCCCGAGAUUCCUCCAGGACUAAAGGGACACCUCCACGUAGACCUGGACUAUCUGGAAAAGCUUAGCCUGAAGGAGGUGUUGCAUCAGCUGGACUGGGUGUCGCCCGGUGGCAGCUGGAGUCCCGUGCAGGAUCCUUCUAACCCAUGCCUCCCUCGCCACAAAGUGGCGGUCGUGUUGCCGUACAGAGAUCGCCUCCAUCACCUCAUCAUUCUCCUAAGCUGGCUGCACCCCAUCCUCCGCCGCCAGCAGCUGGAGUAUUCAAUUUACGUCGCCGAACAGACUGGAAACGCCACCUUUAACAAGGGCUCCAUCAUGAACGCUGGCUUCAUAGAGGCAUGGCAGAGGAGCGACGCCAACUGUUUCGUGUUCCAUGACGUUGAUCUGCUGCCAGAGGACGACCGGAACAUGUACUCGUGCCCGCCACACCCACGUCAUUUGUCAGUCGGCGUGGACACACUCGGUUACAAGCUGCCGUACUUCCUGCUGGUGGGAGGAGUGCUCAGUGUCCGCGGUGAUCAGUUCCUGCGCCUCAACGGCUACUCUAACAUGUACUGGGGCUGGGGCGGCGAAGACGAUGACAUGGGAUACAGGAUAAAACAGUCUGGGCUCAGCAUCACUCGACCUGCAGAUUCGGUGGCCAAGUACACCAUGAUACGGCACCUCAAACGUCGACCCCUCACUUGGAAGGUUCGUGGGAAGCUCCUGCGCACCUCAGGUCGGCGGUACAGGCUGGACGGGCUCAACACGCUGAAAUACACCCUACAGGGUAUUCACCGACACCCACUCUUCACCCACUUGCUUCUCGACGUGGGCACACCCCCAGAAAAUCUGAUUCGUCUUGACAGCGGCAACAAUGGCGACUCCAAGAGCUAAUGUUUCUCUUGAUGCUAAUUUAUAAACAGUGUGUAGUAUUGUUAUUGUUAUCGUUGUUGUUGUUAUUAUUAGUAGUAAUUAUUAAUAGUAUUAUUUAUUGUUUCUGAUUUUAUUUAUUAUUAUUAUUUUAUUAUUAUUAUUAUUAUUAUUAUUUAUAUUUUUAUUAUUAUUAUUGUCAUUAUCAUCACUACUAUAACUAUUGUAACUACUACUGUUUCUACUUGUAUUUGCACUACUGGGGAUGAAAGUAUAAUACACACACACACACACACACACACACACACACACACACACACACACAGAGAGAGAGAGAGGCACAUACACACACACACACAGAUAGAGGCACAUACACACACACACAGACACACACACACACACACACACACACACACACACACACACACACACACACACACACACACACACACCGAAAGGUGAUUUUCUCACUAAGACCAAGAUUUUUCUGGACUAAGACAGACAGAUUAAGUAAUAUUCGAGAGAAAAAAAAGUCUUGUUUACUUUUGUAACAGACUCAAGUGUGAACGCAAACCUUGAAUAUGUGUAACGUUGUGCUGGGCGUUGCUAUUCCCGGAUGAUAAAUGAAGCUCGAAUAUUUCUUAUAAAAGGCAGAGGCUCACGCACCGUGCUGGUUGAGGUGUGCGUGGAGGGAACCUUGUCUUUGUGUAGUUAUCCGUUGUCUGCAUACACACACAAAAUGGCCACUUUGUUGUGCUGCCGUAUGUUACAAUGAUGCUGAUACAAUAACACAAUGCGUUUGUGUAAUGUGGUGGUCACUGUUGCAUUAAUGGUGCCAAUAGGUUCUUUCAUCCAACCAGCAAGGGUGUGUUAACACGUCGUGUUAUGACAGCGCCUUUAACACCAGUGUAUUCCUUUGAUUGAUUGACUGAGUGUGUGUGUGUGUGUGUGUGUGUUUUUGUGCUGGGACAUCAGGUUGUUCAGGUGACUUCACACAAGACCAGAAUGAAGGCGGGUCACCUCACAGGCCUGGCUAGGGGACCAUGGUGACUUUCAAGUACCUUUUGUAUUUUAUUGACUGUGACUCAAUUUAUAGAAUAUCUUGCCAUCCAUCUACGAGUGUUCAUCUGCCUAACUUUUCGCUUUUCCGUCUAUCUAUCCAUCGACUGCUCAAUCGAAUCUUCUGCACGUGCAUAAUUCCUGCUAAAUUUUUGCAAACAUUUAUUUUACCACCACCACCAUUGUCACCACCACCAUCAGUAGUAGCAACAAAAACAAGAACAACAAUCUUUAUCUUGCUUUUUUUUUCGCUUUUCAAAAUUGUUUUACGCUUAUUUUGUAAAUACGUACAUAACAAGACAAGCUGGAUUACAUUUGUUUUUCAUUUUAUACAGAAGUUGGGCACAGAAGUAAGUAAAUAACUUUAGCUUUAUGAAGUGAAAAAAAUGUAAUUGAUACCGGAAAAGAAAGGACAUACGCAUGAACAUCAAACACACACACACACACACACACACACACACACACACACACACACACACACACACACACACACACACACACACACACACACACACACACACACACACACACACACACACACACACACACACUCACUCGAGGCCUGUGUGUAUGUACUCUAAAAUUAUACUUGGUUUCCUUCCAUUUGAUCUGGAUUGAUCAUAUAACAGAACUACAUCUUAAGCUUACAGUUCGCAUUUUUUUUUUUUUUUAUUAAUAUUCAACAGGCCUUAUUUUUUUUUUUUGUAUUAUUCAGCAAAUGCACACAAUUACCCAGGCUAUUACAUCUAUCUUCAUUCUCCCACUGUUGAAAUCAUCCAGCUUCUCAGAAUAAUUGGUGUAAGUGAAAUAAAGAAAAUUCUGUAUGAUUUGGUUACAAAUUCGCCAAACGUUAACGCUUUUAUUCUUUAAUCAAGAAAUAAUAUAAACUCCACAUAAAAGUUAUCCAGUAAUACACGAAUUUGGAAGAAUCUCUAUUCUCACUCUUUCCCUUCAAUAUUUCACACACACACACACACACACACACACACACACACACACACACACACACACACACACACACACACACACACACACACACACACACACACACACACACACACACACACACACACACACACUGAUGGAUAUAGAGUUUUUUAGGCGGCUCACAGAAAAAUGGGCAGCUUAAGAACUUUCAGGAGAACUCUGGCCCCUCGAAGGUAACAGUACAAAAUAGAUCCAUAUAAUUUCUCCGUUAUUUUUGCUCACAUGAGGGACCAUCGGAGAAAGAUUUAAUGCCUUCAGCAUUAUACGUAACAUUAGGAAUCCUUAUGAAUCUGGCUUUUGUCCUCGAAAAAAGACAAAGUUUUCAAGAGGAUGGGGAGGCCCUUGAGAAGAAGAAAACAUCCAUGAGAAAAAUAAUAUAUAUGUAUGAAGAAGAGGGGGACGCUUCUUCGGAUAAGAUGGAGCCAUCAGGAAGAGGAAAGCGCCGGCAAGAAUGGGCAGUGUCAAGAGGAGCCAAACUCUUUAGUCAGAGAAUAAGCUGUGGCUCUUAGGAAAAGAUUUCUCUGAGAAAGGGGAGGCCUUCCUUGGAUCAAAUGGGCGCUCUUUGCAUAAUGAAAGUGCUCUCGGGAUGAUGGAAACAAUUUUGGUGCGUAAUGGGUGACAAUACCUUUGCGAUGUUUCUAGAAAGAUACUCCUUGAAAGCACAGGUCUACAUCCUUACAUAAGCAUUCUCUUUACCUGGUCAGUCUGUUAAUGCAGCACUGCGGAGUCACCACUGCGAAGAAUUUCAAUGAUAUAGAAAAGAGCACAUCAAGGAUUUAGCAUUUGAUUGACUGGACAAUAAUGACUCCCUGUAGAUUAUCUUGCUUUACCCUUUCACCACCAAGGUUAUGAUACUUCUUAACACACUACCGCACAUAUCUUGCAACCAUCUUAUCACCAUUCUAUGAUUCUAUGACACCAAUUUUUGCAGAACUUACUUUUAGAAUUAUUUAAAAUUAUUUAGAAUUCUACUCAAUAACACCAUUUCAACUUUUCUCAACUUUAGUUUCUGCUCAUUAGAUCUCUGUUCUGAUGUUACUGCAGUGUCUAUUGUUUUUAUUUAUUUAUUCAUCUAUCUUUGGUUGUUGUUGUUGUUGUUCGGAGUAGUAAUGAGAUAUGAUACAUAAAAGGCACGAUAUAAACUUUAUCCAACAAUGUUUAAGUUCAUCAUCUGCUUCACAUAAUGAUAAUAUACAUUAAUUAUUUAUUAUUUACAUAUACCCUACAUUCUUUAUCAUUUACUAUCCUCAUGCCCGAUUAAAAUUCUAUCGUCAUCAUCAUCAACAUCAUCAUCAUCAUCAUCAUCAUCAUUAUCGUCAUCAUCAUCAUCAUCAUCAUCAUCGGAUUGCAUGACAAAUAGAAGCCAAAGAUCUACUCUACACAUUCAUGUCGGCUGCCCGUCUCGGUGAAAACGUCUGUGUCAAGGAAUUUUCUUGUCUCCUCUCUUCAUCUAGCUUUCUAUUUGUUCUGCCUUCAUUUACCGUGCCAAUUUUAGUCCCGUGUCUUCGCCGCUUAUUAGAUAUAUGUGUAGAUAGUUCAUAUGUGCCAUUCAGUUUUUGCUAUACAGAUGUCUUUGUUUACAUACAUUGAUUCCACGACUCCCUCUUCAUUGUGAUAAUAAUAGAUUUACUAAAUAUAUUUUGCCAUCAGCUUUAGUUGACGCCUUACUUUGCAGACCAGUAAUGAUGAACAACACUUUCAUAUAUCCGUAACUUUGAGCAAAGACACUCUCAACAAUGUUAAUUUCCUCUCUACACAGUCCUUCACAGAUCAUUAAGCUAGUGUCCAUGCUAAUCUCUCUCUCUCUCUCUCUCUCUCUCUCUCUCUCUCUCUCUCUCUCUCUCUCUCUCUCUCUCAUUCUUCACGUUCAUUUCGCAUCGAGCCUGUGUAACCUUUGCAGCAAUAAGCAGAGGUAUCUUUCAUUAUGCCUCAUUUGAGUGAGAUGAAUUAUUGUACUUGCACUUUUCUUGUGUUCAAUUUUCUCAUGUGUCAAGUAUGAUACAUUUGUGUAAUCCAGUGUGUUACGGCACGGUGAGGUGCAGUGAUAUGUAUUGUAACGAUAGGGUUCUCCUUACAAAUGGAGCCUCUAAACCUCGAGACUAGAUUGUGGUACUUAUCUCGUUUUCUUGUCGGAACACCACUAUUAUCACAAUGGGACAGUUUCGAAGGGCAAUAUGUUAUAAAGAUUUGCGCUUCUAGAUGAUUUUGUGUAUAUAUUCUUGUUAUUUGCAGGAUUUAGCAUAACUUUUACAUAGUUUGUACACGCUUCCUUUGUAUAUACAUCUGCCUCUAGGCAAUAUACAUCUCGUCAGUAUUAUGGAUGAAAGUCUAGUGGUGAAGGAAAGAAUAUGUAAUUUUCUGUAGGCAUGUGGAGCAGGAUGCAUAAAAUAUUCGCACAUUUUCGUGCAUAAUAAACUUACUGGAAUGUUUGUAAUACCAAUAAAUUUAUAACUGGUUUUAAAA